AUGGAUCGGGCACGGCCUAAUGACUCGCCGGAGAAGGUCAAGCACAGUAUCGAUGCGAUAAUCGCAGCCCUACGCGGGACAAAGCACCUGCCAGACUUGUUUGAGUCUGUACACGUCGACUCGAAGAUUCCCAUCGAAGAGGCCGUUCGGACACUCUCGGGGUAUGCUAAGGACGGUCUGUUUGACCACAUCGGGUUGUCUGAGUGCCGCGCUGAGAUGCUGAGGCAGGCACAUGCGUCCGGUUCUUCAUAUGAACUACUCGCAUUCAACUGA